AUGCAUCCACAAACCCUCCUCCCCUUCCUCCUCUCCCUCCUCGCAAUCCACACAACAGCCUGCAACCCAACCCGCCGCUCAACAAACACAAACACAAACACAACAACCCCCAAUCCCUUCAAAAUAGGCACCGACGGCCCAGCUCCACCCAAAACCCUAGGCUACGCCCUAAACCACAUGGGCCUGAUAACCAAUAACCUAACAGCAAUGAAAACAUUCUACGGCUCCAUCCUCGGAAUGCGCACCCUCUUCGACGUAACCCUAACACCAGAAUACACAGUAACAUACAUGGGCUACGCGCAAGGCGGACGAAACGGAACGGGAUUCCAAACCGGGACCGAAAUGACAACUUCUAAGAAUAACAUGUACGGAUUGCUCGAGAUUGUUGAGUUUAGUGUUUCGGAUGAUCGGGUCGUUGCGUCGACUCAGCGCACGAAUACGUUUAGCCAUGUUGGGCUUGUUGUUCCUGAUGUUGUUGAGGCGCAGGCGUAUCUUGAGGGUGCGGGUGUUGAGAUUCUCAAGGGGGUUGGUGUGCCCAUUACGGAGUUUGAGGGGGCUGUUCCUAAUGCGCUUGGGGUUGGGGGGUUUGCGGGUGCGCAUCUUGAGGCUAAGAGGAGGCUUGUCGAGGCUCAGGGGUUGAUUGGUUGGGAGAACUUUUUGUUGUUGAGGGAUCCGGAUGGGAAUUUGGUGGAAAUUCAGCAGCAGGAUAUUUAG